AUGCUGCGCGUGCGGCGGGCGGCGCUGGCGGUGGCGGCGCUGGCUCGGGUGGCGGAGGGGCCGCCGGGCCCGGGGCGCCCCUGCGGCUCCCGCCUGCGGCUCCCCGGCGGCGCGGCGGGACCCGACCCGCGAGGCUGGCGGGAGACGGUGGCGGCCGCCGUCGGCGCCCUGCAGGCGGGCGGGCUGGUGGCGGUGCCCACGGACACGGUGUAUGGCGUCGCCUGCCUGGCCCAGGACCCCGGCGCCGUGCGGAGCAUCUACGGCCUGAAGGGGCGGAACGGGAGCAAGCCGCUGGCUAUCUGCCUCGGGGACGUGGAGCACAUCUACCGAUACUGCCAUGUGAAUGUGCCAGAUGAGCUGCUGCGGGAUCUGCUUCCAGGACCAGUGACUCUGGUCUUAAAGCGUUCAGAAGAACUAAAUAAAGACUUGAAUCCUUUCACAUCGCUGGUUGGUGUUCGUAUUCCAAACCACCCUUUUAUUAGGGAGCUGGCACGAGCUUGCUCUGGACCACUAGCUUUAACAAGUGCAAAUAUCAGCUGUCAGGCAAGCACACUGACGGUUUCGGAAUUCAGAGACCUUUGGCCUCAGUUGUCCUUAAUCAUUGAUGGAGGCCCAGUAGGGGAUGUCCAGAGCCCAGAAUGUCGUUUGGGGUCGACUGUGGUUGACUUAUCGGUGUCAGGGAAAUUCGGCAUCAUUCGCCCUGGCUGUGCACUGACAUCUACAGUUGAAAUCCUGAGGCAGAAGUAUGGCUUGAUACCAGAAUCAUCUUGAGACUUCAGACUCUGAGGAAGCUCUGCAGAGCUGGUAAAGCUGGGCACUGUGUGCCUGCCUGUGCAUUCAGGAAGGGAACAUUAAAGGCCUUGUUUAAUAAGGUUGAUGGAUUAUGCCGAGGUACCAGACAAAGGAUGAUGAGAACAACAGGUAAUGGGUACCUGUUAGUGUCAUAUCUGCUACAGUCUGAGAAAUGAACCCAGGAUUUAUACUGACCUCUUUGUGGUGAUGUACCGUUCCCAAAUACCCAUGUCCGUCUUAAGACGAUUAGGCCUUUGAAAUAAAAUAAUUUGAACAUGAGGCUGUUCUCAGGGUGCGAAGAUGAAGGUAGUGUUACUGAUUCUCUCUCCCCUUAGAAAUUAUUUAAUGUGUUUAUUUAACUGUAUCUGCAUCAAAAGAAAAACAGAGAUGGAACAACAUAAGAUGGUUAUUCAGACUCUCAUGAUGUUGUAGGUAUGUUGUUCUCCAGCUGGUUUUCUCUGUUCCAAAUGCAGUCAAACCUGCUACUAACAUAAAACUGUAAAUGCUUAAAAAACAACAACAAGAAAACCCGAACCCACAGCAUUCAGUUCCCUAUCUAGUUAUGAGUUGCUUAGAUUUACUGGAAGACCUCACUUCCUUCUAAUGGAGGAAUGAAGCCAAGCUCUUAAUGUGUUGAUCUUCAGUUUCUUAUGUGGACUUUCCUCUCUUUGUUUUGGGCACAGUGCUAAGUUGAAGUAAAUACGGAAUGAGGUGAAGUUCCUUAUUCUUCAAGGAAAAGUCAAGUUUGUGAUGCUAUUAAUAAUUUUAAAACUGCUAAGCAGCUUGCAUAAUUUUGUUAUGCUUAUUUUUUGAUUUUUUCUGACACACCAUAGGCAUAUAUAAAUAGAGCAUUGUCUCACAUGCAGAGCUGCCACUUCUCAUUUUAUUGACAGACAAGUGUAAAUGAAUUUUAAUGGCUAAUUUGGAAGGGACCAUGCGUGAUUAAAACCACAAAAAAGGGGGAAACUUCUGUGUGCUGACCUUCCUUCAAAGCACAAAUUAAUGGUAUUUUCAAUUGUAUUUUUAUUGCAAAUAUUUUUGUUCCUUGGUUGCGAAGAAAAUAAAACUUCAGAAGUAAAUUGUCAAAACGUAACACUGAACAAUCAGAUAAGAGCUUUUAGGAUAGAUCAUUGCUUUUCCUUGGUUUCCAAUGCGCACAGUAGGUUAAAUGGUCUAGCAUUCCAGCUCUAAUUAUCUUCAGUUAUUUGGAUACAGUGGGACACAGGAACAACACUCAAAGCAGAACUCCUUGGUAUGAAAGAGCUUGCAUAAAGCAAAGGGUAUGUAAUUGCAUGGUUUAGUUUCAUCUAAAUUUAGAGGAUCCUUUAUUCCUUUUUUUUCAUUAAGCCGAUGAGGAAAUGCUUUGUCAGAGCUACUGGUGGAGCGAGGGGAUAUAUGAUCACUGCAGGUAGUGGGCCAAGGGCAUCAGGUAAAAUACAUGCUGGAACCCAGCUAACUACGUAAAACACCACAGAGUAUACGCACUGUAAGAAAAACUGAUCAGCUCUCCAGCCCAUAAGCCAGCAGCCCUGUGAAGAUUCCAGAAGAGCAGUGAAAGGGUCAUCUGGACUAAAUCUGCAAGAGAGUAGGUUGGACUGCUGCUUAAAGAUCAAUUCUCUGCUCCUUGUAACACUUCCUCUUGGGAUUUCAGAGUUAGGGCUUAAGCAAUCCUUGGGGUACUUGUGGAGGAUGCUGUUUGCAUACAGCUGCCUGAGGAGGCUGAAUGCUCUGCACAGAGACUUCACUCCUGUGGCUGCUUCUCGGGUGUUUUUUCCUUAAGCACUCCUCUCUGAUGCAGCUUUAUCAAUGGGAAUUCUUUCUCACUAAGACAAAUAAAGUCACAUCAACCACUGCUCUUUCUCUUUGCUGAAGUGUUCUGCCCACCUGCGAGUCAGCUCCAAAUACAUGUUAGGCUGAUGAGGAAGGUAGUCUAGAUAAAGACGUGUCAGAGUCUUCUUGGGUACAGCUUUCUCAAUCUGGGUGCCUUCAUGCCAUUCAUUGAAAGAAGUGAUGGAAACUAUCUCUGGCCUGACCAUGAGAGCAGCCUGCAGAGCUGUUUCAUAGUACUUCCCAUUCACUCUGUUCCGAGUAUUGUGAUUGUUCCAGGGGCGGAUGCUAGUGUCAAUGUAGCCUGGGCCAACACUGGGGAUAAACAUCAGGUUGUUGGAGUCACAGAAAGUUUUGAUCGCUUUCCAGUUCUGGUGGGAUGAGCCAAAAGAGAAGCCAUUGGAUGCGAAGUAUGUGUACAUGCCAUCAUACCCUGCGGAGAGGAUAUCAUGCUUGUGUCCUUCCUCUACUAGCAAUGCUAUGAACACAGCAUCGUAAGCAGUACUGCGGAGAGAGUGGGAGCCUGAUGGUGUGAGAAGGUUGGCCCACGAUUCAGCUGGUGUCAAGUAGGAAUCAUAGAUAUAAAACAGUGGGAGAUUCCUGCCAGUGCUGGUCUUGUACUUAUAAAAAGCUGCAUGUGAUCCAUAUCUAGAGAGAGAGCACAAAGCUGUUCCAGUGACUGAGGUAAUAAGCCCUCAUCAGGUAUCUUCAUUAUAAAGCAUGCAUGAUUUGAAACUUGAUUUGCCUCACAGGGACUCCAUGCUCAGAACUUUUCUUUGGAACCCUUAUCUCCUUACCUAUGAGAAUGUUUCUUAAUUCUGUUGCCUGUGCCUGUUUCUUUUGAAAGAAAGGAUAUACGUGCCAGCCUACAGUAACACCUCAGAAACAUGGGUAGAAGAGAGCAAAUUCUGGUUCUGAAGGCAAGAUAUUGAAGUGUCAGAGGAAGGGGGAUUUGAUUGUUACACCCGCUCAGUUUUUCCCUGUUGGAUUGCUCCUUCAUCUGUGGCCUGUUUUUUGGAUUUUGCAUUUAUUUCAAAGUUCUGCAUGUGUUUUUGUGCUUAAAGCAAUAUUAUACAGCUAGAUCUAGCCUAUAUGAAAAACUUACUUGUCCAUGA